AUGUCGCUCCAACGUGACGAUACUACCGAGCAGCGGCCCACACAUAUGCACCGACGUCACUCGUCGACUUACGAGCGACGUCAGCUCAGCAUCACCUCAUUCAAAUCAUCUGAUGCACUCCACAAACUCAAGGAACAAAAGGGAACUCUUGCGGCUGCUGUCGAGCCUCUCUAUGCAGGCCUUGCUGUCGCUCAAUCGGACGAUGGAGACUUGCGUUAUUGCAUCGCUUUGCAUGAUGGAACCUACACCAUCAACUGCGAAAGCCAAUCCCUAGAGCCGCCUAGGACUGUAGGUGACGGCAACUCAUCGAACGAAUCAUCCCGCGUUGGAUCAGGAGUCUCUACACCAAUGUCUGUUGGGGACGUUUCUGAAGCUCUAGCCAAAGCCUUCAUCGAAUUCCUUAGCAAUUAUCGGGAGAAUAAUCUGUCCAAGCCUAUGGGUGCUACUCUGACGACCCAUCUCGCGAGCCUAAGCCCGCAUCUUGCUGUACGCCUAUGGACCGAACUAGACAUCAUCCCAUUCAUCUUCCCUGCCGAUGCGAAGGACAAAGACGAGAUAUCAAUCCCUCCUGAUCAGGAAGCCGAGCAUAUGGCCAGGAAGACAGUAAAGCAAUUCAACGUAAAGGGCGAAUUACCUGUUCAGAUGGGCCAUCGCCGCCAGGUCUUGGUUGAUCUUGACAGUCGAGUGCACAUAGCCGAGCGCGAAAGUUACGACUCUACUGUUAGGGCAGAUACUACAGGGGCUGCAACUAUGCACUACGCCAACUCGCUAAAGCAUAGAAGGAUCAAGAUCGCAUUUUUCAACAGCACAGCACAGGGUGGAGGUGUUGCUCUUAUGAGACAUGCUUUGAUGAGAUAUCUGAGUCUUCUUGGCAUAGACUGCAGAUGGUACGUUCCAUACGGAAAGACGGAUAUCUUCAGGAUUACCAAGGACAAUCACAACAUCCUCCAAGGUGUCGCAACGGCCGGUGAGCGUCUUACCGACGACAAGAUCGCCGAGCUCGAUGCUUGGGUAGUUGAGGAGGCUGAGAAGUGUCACUGGGUUGAAUUUGGUGGCCCUCUUGCGGCUCGUGAGAAGGGCGGCGCCGAUGUGAUUAUUGUUGAUGAUCCUCAAAUGCCGAGUCUUGUCAAGAUUGCCAAGGAGAAAGAUUCCAGCCGUCCGGUCAUCUUCCGCAGUCAUAUCCAGGUUCGAGCUGACCUGGCUGAUCAGGAAGGUACCCCUACAUCCGAGGUGUGGAAUUGGAUUUGGAACCAUGUCAAAGACUGUGACGUCUUUGUUAGCCACCCUGUUCGAGCUUUUGUACCCAAGACAGUUACACCUGAAAAAGUUGGUUACCUGCCUGCGACUACAGAUUGGCUAGACGGCCUGAAUAAGCACAUGCACCCCUGGGAUGAGCAGUACUACCUUCAUGAGCUCAAGGUUCAGUGCUUUGCGGCCGGCAUGCGUCAACUGGCUCAUCCGGACCGCAAGUACAUUGUUCAGAUCGCUCGCUUCGAUCCGGCGAAGGGCAUACCAGAUGUUCUCGCGUCAUACGCCAGGUUACGCAAGAAUUACAUGAAAGACACGCCUCUUGCAGAUAUUCCGCAGCUCGUGAUAGCUGGACAUGGUGCAGUUGAUGAUCCCGAUGCUACCAGAAUCUUCAAGGAAACCGAGACUGCUCUCAACGGAGACUACAAUGAGUUCAAGGAUGAUGUCAUCAUCAUGCGCAUCGGCCCAUCAGAUCAAAUGCUUAACGCACUCAUGUCCUGUGCCCACGUCGCCCUUCAGCUCUCCACUCGUGAAGGCUUCGAAGUCAAGGUCAGCGAAGCGCUCCACAAAGGUACUCCCAUAAUCGCAACUCUCGCUGGUGGUAUCCCUCUGCAAGUUCAAGAUGGAAAAUCUGGCUUCCUAGUUAAGCCUGGUGAUCACGACGCUGUUGCGAAGCACUUGUACGAUCUGUUCACCGAUUCGGAACUCCACUCAACCAUGUCAGAGUACGCGAGUAACCACGUUAGCGAUGAAGUCAGUACUGUGGGUAACGCGCUGGCAUGGCUUUAUCUGGCGGAUGAGCUCUCCAAAGGUGAGCAUGUCGCUCCUAAUGGCCAGUGGAUCAACGAUAUGGCGAGGCAGAAGGCAGGUAUCCCAUAUCGAAAGGACGAGGAUAUUCUGAUUCGCGAUGUGAACUUGACUGGUAAUUGA